AUGUCAGAAGAAGAACGAGAACUCCUGGCUCGUAUCAGUCAAGUCGCGGAAAACUCCUAUCGACAUGCGAGCUCACCGUACCCAGCUCGCCAUAAUAGAAUUGGCCGCCACCCCACGGCGCACCACCACCGGACCCUUCACUUGAAUGGCGACAACUCAACUGCUUCUCGUUCUGCCAGUAGUGGUGCUGAAACACCCCCUGGUUGGGUUUCCAGAACCGAUCGCCACCGUCAACUUAUUAACGCCAACGUUUACGAGAAAGAAACCCAGAAUCGCGCCAAGGCCAUCGAAGAAACACGCCAGAGAAAGAUCAGCGGACGCCGGCAGCGCGAGAAGGCUCAGUUCGACGAGUUUCUGAAGCAUCAAGCUAUCGCUUCGAGCGCGCAGACUAACCCCGCAGACCGCAAUGUGCUCACCAUCGAAGGUGUUCAAUUCCGCGUCAUCGACGGUGGCAAGAAGCUCGUCAAGAUUCCUGGUGCGUGCAAACUUAGGUGUGACUCUGGCGCUUGUGCCUUACCCGCUGCAGGUGCCCUCAACUCCUCCUUGCGAACUCCAAAGUUCACCACUGUUGCUGGAGUUAAGUUUUACCGAACAAAGACAGGAAACCUCGUUGCGAACAGAUUCGUUAACGACCAGCGGUACGAAGUUCCUUUCAAUGAGACGAAUUUGCUGACAGGGUUAAGGCGAACCGGCAGGGUCAAGAAGAUAAAUCAACUCUGUAAAAUCUUCUCAACGACUGGUAAUUUCUCAUCCCCAGGCUGGAGUGCUUCUCAUCUCCUUCACCUGGACCGGCCCAGUGGCCAUGGGGCGAAACUGACGAGUAUUUUGCACAUAGGUUCAUGCACCAAAGGCCCUCGGUGCCGCUACAUGCACGACCCGAACAAAGUGGCACUAUGUAAAGAUAUACUGAAAGAUGGGCAAUGUGUCAGCGGCGAGUCUUGUGACCUCUCCCAUGACAUGACUCCUGAGCGCACCCCCAACUGUUUGCAUUUUGCCAAAGGCCACUGUGCCAAGGCUGACUGUCCCUAUACUCACUCUAAAGCGUCGCCAGCCGCCCCAGUUUGUCGCAAUUUUGGUUUCAACGGAUACUGCGAGAAAGGAGCAGAGUGUACUGACCGGCACGUUUUUGAGUGUCCUGACUUUAGCAAUACUGGCCGCUGUAAGGUCAAGGGAUGUAAGCUCCCACACCGUGAGAGGGCAAGCGUCCUUCGAAACAAAACCAAUGCCGCUGGCGAGCCUCUUGGAGACAUUUCAAGUGAUGACGAAGCUGCUGAUUCCGACGAUGUUGAUUCAGAUGAAGUUGCCGAGUUCAUUGAUGCAGACUCGGACCUUUCCGAUUUUGAAGAACACAAGGACUUCCUAUCGAUCUAG